AUGCGAGUGUCUGCUUCUUUACUGAACAUGCACUCCUCGUUCUUUGCGCUCUGGCUGGCUGCGCUUCACGGAUUCCCAGCUUUGGAUGCUGUUCCAAACCCCUCUCCGCUCAUUGGAUCCAACUGGGGGAACCCGAGAAGAUUCAUACACCUGCAGACAUCAACUGACGUCAAUACCUUCUACCUAGAGAUCAGUCUGAAUGGCCAUGUGCGCAAAACUACCAAUCGGGGCUCUUAUAGUGUCAUUUUAUUGAAAUCUGAAUCAAGAGAUCGUCUGGCUAUUCUGGGAGUGAAAAGCAACCGUUUCUUGUGUAUGGAUGCCGAAGGAAAUCUGUUUACCUCAACGGUUUGCCACAGAGACGACUGUCUUUUUCACCACAAACUCUUGGAGAACCACCGAGACGUAUACUACUCUUCCAAAACUGGCAUUUUGCUCAACCUGGAUGGGGCAAAACAAGUGUAUGUGGCGGGACAGAACCUUCCACAAUCAUCUCUUUUCCUGUCUGAAAGAAACACUGUUCCGUUAGAGCGUCUUCUGCACAAGGAGAGAAAGCACCGACAGGUUGAUCCGUCCGAUCCGCUCAACGCACUUGGGCAGGGAGAGGCAUCGGAUUCGCGUGGCAUUCAGGAAGAAGACUCGGACUUAGACAUUGAGACAGGUCGAAACAUCUCCAGAGAAACGCUUGUAUCACCUUCUGAUGACGACCCAUGGGAGGUUCUGCACGUGUCGAACCCCAGUAGCCCUCGCAUCCAAGGCUGA